UUCUCAUCACCACCGGCGGCCUCCACCGAUGACCCCAGCCGGAGCCUCUCGCCGCCGGCGAGCACCGCGACCCUAUCUCCCUCUCCUCGUCCUCGUCCUCCUACUCGUCACCCCCCCGCCCCCACGCGCUUCCGCGCUCCGCGUCCCGCUCCGCCAGGCCGCCACCCUCGUCUCGCUCUCCCACUCGCUCCUCUCCCGCGUCGCCGCCACCCGCGCCGCCCGCGGGGACGCCGCCGCGGCCGCACGCGCCCGUCGAAUCGCGUCCCUCCUGUCUUCUCGUGGCGCGUGGGGGCUCGGCUGGGACUACCUCCGGCACUACGCCUUCUCAUCGGCCACAGGUUGCUGCCUCUCCUGCGCGGCCGCCGCGUCUCGCCUCCUCGCCGCUGCCGCGGAGGCCUCGCGCCUCCGUUCCGCCACUGACGCCGCCCAGUGGAUGCGCCGCCACUACGGGGACGUCCGCGACGCCGCCGGGCUGCUUCUCAACGGCCUCCUCGACGCCUUCUCCGAACAGGGGCCGUUGAGAGAGGUGGUGAUGGAUGUGAAGUGGGAGGUGGAGGAAGGGGAGUUGCUGAAGGAUUGCCUGGAGGUGGGAGCGAAGGACUUGCAAGGCUUGCUCGUCAUUGCCAAAGAUCUCUUCGCUGGUGCUUCAAGGACUUCUUCACAGCAUAGCGAACUCUGAGGUUCGGUGACUUUGGUUGUUUCUCUUUUCCGAUCUUUUUGUGAACUCACCUCACGCAUGCUUGUGUAAUUUUAGUUUACUUUAGAAAUCUUGAUCUUGAAUCAGGUUGUACAGGAAAAAAAUCCUUGUGUUAUGGCUGUUGUGCCUGCUACCAUGUGCAUUUCAUUGUGGGAGGUGCAUACUUGCUAAUCUAAAUCCGUUUAUUAUCAA